UGUGCCAUCCACAGUGGAGCUCUGUAAGGACUACUACUAUCCGAGGGACGGGGCGCAGCCAGCCAGCCAUCCAGCCAGCCGUGCACACUGACCGAACAUAAUACAAUAACAAGUAACCAUCGUUAACUAGUACUACACGAACGCACGGCAAUGGACAUGUUGUGUGAAAGGGAUAGAAGAAGCGGACUGCAGUGAAGACGCCAGACUUUCCAGAUGCGUGUAGAAGAUGUGAGGCUCCAUGUUGGGGUGCUGCACAGAUGAUCUGAACACAGUUUGUGGCCCCGCAGUUGCUCUGGUCACUGUAGGCGGGCAUUUGGACGGAGUUUGACUGUGCAAAGACGGUUUCGCCAUCACACACGCUCAAACAGUGCACAACAUGACUGUGGCCAAUGCAAAAUCAGGCUCAGCCAUGCAGCAGGUUCUAGACAACCUGAAAGACAUGCCCACUGGCACGGGGGCCAAAGACAUUGACCUCAUCUUCCUCCGUGGCGUCAUGGAGAGCCGCAUCGUUCGCUCCCUUGCCAAGGCCCACGAGCGCCUCGAGGAGGUCAAGUUAGAAGCGGUGCGAGAUGACAACGUUCAGCUCAUCUCAGAGAUCCUGGACUCUAUCAACGCCCUGCCUGAGAAAGACCCUGCCACUGCCGAGCUCACCCGAAUCCUUCAGGAACCUCAUUUUAAGUCUUUGAUCGAGGCUCAUGACAAAGUGGCCGCUAAGUGCUAUGAGAUGCCCAACGCCUCUGAGGACUGCACUGCGUCGCUAGCCAGUUGUCUGAUGCCCGCCGAUGCUAUCAGGAUGAUCGGAAUUCAGAAGAAAACAGGAGAACCGCUGGGAGUGACGUUCCGCGUGGAGCACGGGGAAAUGGUGAUCGCGCGAAUCCUGCACGACAGCUUCAUCGACCGCCAGGGCAUGCUGCACACCGGCGACAUCAUCCGCGAGGUGAACGGGCGCCAAGUGGGCAGCGACCCGCUGGAGCUGCAGGAGCUGCUGAGGGACUGCAGCGGCAGCGUCACACUCAAGGUGCUGCCAAGCUACAGAGACUCACCAGCGCCUCCGCAGGUUUAUCUGAAGCCCCACUUCAACUACAACCCCGCCGCAGACAACCUGAUUCCAUGUAAAGAGGCGGGCCUGGCGUUCUCUAAGGGAGACAUCCUGCACAUCGUCAACAAGGAGGACCCCAACUGGUGGCAGGCACGCAAAGUCGUGGGCGGGGCGACCGGUCUCAUUCCAAGUCAGUUCUUAGAGGAGAAGAGGAAAGCGUUUGUGAGAAAAGACUGGGAUCUUUCGGGUAAAGGGAUGCUGUGUGGGAACAUGAUGGCGAAAAAAAAGAAGAAAAAAAUGAUGUAUCUCACGGCAAAGAACGCAGAAUUUGACCGCUAUGAGCUGCAGAUCUACGAGGAAGUGGCCAAGAUGCCUCCCUUCCAGAGGAAAACGCUGGUUCUGAUUGGCGCGCAGGGUGUUGGGAGGCGGAGCCUAAAGAACAGACUCGUCGUCUUGAAUCCUCUGAGAUAUGGAACCACUGUACCCUUCACGUCCCGCAGCCCAAGAGAAGAAGAAAGAGACGGCCAGAACUACUGUUUUGUGACGCGUCAGCAGAUGGAGCAGGACAUCAAAGAUAGCCGUUACCUUGAGCACGGAGAAUACGACGGCAACCUUUACGGCACCAAGAUCGACUCCAUCCACGAAGUGGUGGGGGCGGGCCGCACGUGCAUCCUGGAUGUCAACCCACAGGCUCUGAAAGUGCUGAAGACUUCCGAGUUCAUGCCUUUCGUGGUGUUCAUCGCGGCUCCAGAGCUGGAUACCUUACGAGACAUGCACAAAGCUGUCGUAGAUGCCGGGCUAACAACCAAACUACUAACUGAAAACGACUUAAAGAAAACGGUGGAGGAGAGCGCCAAGAUCCGCCGCGCCUACAGCCACUUCUUCGACCUGACCAUAGUCAACAACAACCUGGACAAGGCCUUCGAUCAACUCCAGGAGGCAGUAGAGAGACUAUUCGUGGAGCCCCAGUGGGUGCCGGUCAGCUGGGUCUACUGAUAACGGAUCGGACUGUCCCGAGCUGCUAUGCCAGUGAAGUAAACAGAAGAAGAAGAAAGAUGGGACACCCGGGGGGGGGGCUCAAAACUGCAUCGCACACACUAUGCAAGCCAGCACAAACAGGAAGUGUACUUAUUUAUUGGCAGAACUGUUUUAAUCUAGUCACCACAUGCAUUUUAGUGUCAGGAUGUUUUAAUAAAAAAAAAAAAACAACUACUAUAAACUAUUGCUGCCAUAUCCUGUUAUUUAAUAUUACAUUCGUAUGCAAGUUAGGUUGUGUAUUUAUUCUGCUAAUGAGGGCUUGCUCAUUACCUCACUCUGUGUGUGUUUACACUCGUUCUCGUCUCAUUUUGCCAAGUGUCAGUGGGUUGGUGGCCAUAGUGGGGGAACAAGAAGUGAAACUACCGUUUUCAUUGUUCUCCAUCAGAUCCUGUGUGUGUACAGCCUUCCAUGCAGUGCUGCAUUUAAGACCUUAAAAAAACGUUCCACGCCAUUGUUUUGGAUUAAACAGGGUGCUGCGUCUCAAUGAACCGUCCCGUUUGAUGUGAUUAAAACUUUUAAUUCAAAUAUUUAGUGAAUUUGACUUAUAUUUCAAAUAACUGUAUUUUCAGAUGUCAAUUUUUUUUCUUCUUUCUAAUGAACUGUGCUGUUUUUACAUGUAUAUGGAAAAAAAUACAUUUGGAAUUAAGAGACAAAUGUUUUAAAAUGGAACGUGUAUUUUUUUUAAUCAUAUUUUCCCAUAAUUCAUAACAUACAAAGAUGGGUAGAG